AUGAUAAGUCUUCACCAGCUCUUCAGAGUUCUCUCUAGAGUUAGCGUAGACCCAUCUGCCCCUUUCUGCCCACCCUCGCUGCACUCUCCUGUAGCGGGGAUACCGCGGGGAGUGGGCGCCUCCAGGGUGUCCAAGGAACCCUGCAGCCCCCUCAAAGCCCAACAGCCGGCGUCAGAUUCAAGCCUUAUCACAACAUGCACAAGCUCACCUCCAGCUCAGUGUGCCUCCAGCUCGGCGGUUUGUGGCCUCGAGGAGAGCUUAUUUGACGAGGCUGAAUGCACACCUUUCUCCUUCAGCAGCAGCACCAACACCACUGCAAAGCCAUUGGCAAUCGCCGUUUCCAGUACUCGACAGUCUUCUUUGUGUAGCAGCAGCAGCAGCUCGACUGCAGGCUCGCCUCUUACCGCCCCUUCCUUCGAUGCUUCGUCUCCUGGAUCCGCAUGCACCGUUGCAUGGUCUUCGCUUCCUUCAGAAAGGACUUUGAGAUCUUCAGAACGUCCGCUCCCAUCCCUCGCAUUGGAUGGAGUGGGUGCUCCUUUGGCCAUUCAAGCGCUUCCCCAUGGCCACCAGGUGCCCCAUAAGGAGUUAGGCCCCCAGUUCUUUGAUUCAACUGCUUCCAGUAUAACUCUUCUUGACGCACAAGGCGGGGUAGAGGAAGAUUCGAGAGGAAGUGCCUACAGAGCCACCCGUCGGCAGCGACGAAAGCUAUGGCCUCAGGAGGCACCUUGGGACUCAGGCACUUGCAGCAGAGCAGCAGCAGGGACUAGUGAGAUUGCCUGGAUGCAGAGGAGAGCACAAGACCGCAUUCAGACUCGUGGAGGAGCAGCAAUAGCACAGCAGCACUGUCCAUUGCCCGAAAAAUCAACAGACGUGCUGAGCGUCUCUGGGCAGGACUCUCGCUCCAGCCGACGCCGUUCCGUUGCCUCCAGGGGUCAUCAGCAGGUCAACUCUGCAGUAGCGACGGUGCCACAAGGUGACUCGAUGUGUGUACCGAUCAUUCAGGGGGGCCCCGGAACGUGCCUUGUGGGGAUUUCAGAAGGACCUUCACGGUUACCGGGUGUUUGUUUUUCGCCUCCCAAGGAUGUCUGGAGGGCCCGCAUUACCGUUGAGGGAAAGCAGUUCGAGCAGCAGUUCUCCGUGAAGAGGCAUGGCUACGAUGGUGCCAGAAUUCUUGCCGUGAGAUGGAGGGCAGAGAUGGAACACGCACGAAUUGUUAGGCCUCUAGCACAUCCCUAA